CAAUUCUACUACACCGAGCAGACGCUUUUCAGCACAGUUUCUCCUCGGUUCGCGCUGACCGCCCGGUAUUUUAAGAGCGGACAUGCAAUUAGCAGAUUGGGCUGUUUUGUGAGUGAACCUGUGUCGCCAUGACAACCCACGUGACCCUGGAGGAUGCGCUGUCCAAUGUGGACCUGCUGGAGGAGCUUCCUCUCCCAGACCAGCAGCCAUGCAUCGAGCCCCCUCCAUCCUCCAUCAUGUACCAGGCAAACUUUGACACCAACUUCGAGGACAGAAAUGCGUUUGUCACCGGCAUUGCCCGCUACAUUGAACAGGCCACUGUGCACUCCAGCAUGAAUGAAAUGCUGGAGGAGGGACAUGAGUAUGCCGUCAUGUUGUACACCUGGAGGAGCUGCUCUAGGGCCAUUCCUCAGGUGAAGUGCAACGAGCAGCCAAACCGAGUGGAGAUCUAUGAGAAAACGGUGGAGGUGCUGGAGCCUGAGGUCACCAAGCUUAUGAAAUUUAUGUACUUCCAGCGCAAGGCCAUUGAGCGUUUUUGCAGCGAGGUAAAGCGACUGUGUCACGCUGAACGCAGGAAGGACUUUGUUUCCGAGGCCUAUCUGCUCACUUUAGGAAAGUUCAUCAAUAUGUUUGCUGUGCUGGACGAACUAAAGAACAUGAAGUGCAGUGUAAAAAAUGACCACUCUGCUUACAAGAGAGCGGCUCAGUUCUUGAGGAAAAUGGCUGACCCUCAGUCCAUCCAAGAGUCCCAAAACCUCUCUAUGUUUUUAGCCAAUCACAACAGAAUUACACAGUGUCUGCACCAGCAGCUGGAGGUGAUCCCAGGUUAUGAGGAGCUGCUGGCUGAUAUUGUCAACAUCUGUGUGGAUUACUACGAGAACAAGAUGUACUUGACCCCCAGUGAGAAACACAUGCUGCUAAAGGUCAUGGGUUUUGGCCUGUACUUGAUGGACGGAAAUGUCAGCAACAUCUAUAAGCUGGAUGCCAAGAAAAGGAUAAACCUUAGCAAAAUCGACAAGUUCUUCAAGCUUCAGGUGGUGCCACUGUUUGGUGACAUGCAGAUUGAACUGUCACGGUACAUAGAAACAAGUGCCCACUAUGAAGAGAACAAAUCCAAGUGGACCUGCACUCAGAGCAGCAUCAGUCCGCAGUAUAACCUGUGUGAGCAGAUGGUGCAGAUCAGAGAAGACCACAUCCGCUUCAUCUCUGAGCUCGCGCGCUACAGUAACAGUGAGGUGGUGACCGGCUCUGGUCUGGACAGUCAGAAGUCUGAUGAGGAAUACAGAGAGCUGUUUGACCUGGCGCUCAGAGGACUGCAGCUUUUGUCUAAGUGGAGCACUCAUGUCAUGGAAGUGUACUCUUGGAAACUGGUCCACCCUACGGAUAAGUUCUGUAAUAAGGACUGCCCAGGCACAGCUGAGGAGUAUGAGCGUGCUACACGCUACAACUACACCAGCGAGGAGAAGUUUGCCCUGGUGGAGGUCAUUGCUAUGAUCAAGGGUCUUCAGGUUCUGAUGGGCCGGAUGGAGAGCGUCUUCAACCAGGCCAUCAGGCACACCAUCUACUCUGCCCUGCAGGACUUUGCACAGGUGACCCUGAGAGAGCCACUCAGACAGGCCGUACGCAAGAAGAAGAACGUCCUCAUUAGUGUCCUUCAGGCUAUUCGUAAAACCAUCUGUGAUUGGGAAGGUGCAAGAGAACCCCCUAAUGACCCUUGUCUGAGGGGAGAGAAGGAUCCCAAAGGAGGAUUUGAUAUUAAAGUUCCUCGUCGUGCUGUUGGGCCCUCGAGCACACAGCUUUACAUGGUGCGCACCAUGCUGGAGUCUCUCAUCGCUGAUAAAAGUGGCUCUAAGAAGACUCUCCGGAGCAGUCUGGAUGGUCCCAUCGUUCAGGCAAUAGAGGACUUCCACAAGCAGUCCUUCUUCUUCACCCACCUCCUGAACUUUAGUGAAGCCCUGCAGCAGUGCUGUGAUCUGUCCCAGCUCUGGUUCCGAGAGUUUUUCCUGGAGCUUACCAUGGGCCGCCGCAUCCAGUUCCCCAUCGAGAUGUCCAUGCCCUGGAUCCUUACCGAUCACAUUCUGGAGACCAAAGAGCCCUCCAUGAUGGAGUACGUGUUAUAUCCAUUAGAUCUUUACAAUGACAGUGGUUAUUAUGCCCUCACAAAAUUCAAGAAGCAGUUCCUCUACGAUGAGAUAGAGGCAGAGGUCAACCUGUGUUUUGAUCAGUUUGUGUACAAGUUAGCUGACCAGAUAUUUGCCUACUACAAAGCAAUGGCUGGAAGUGUCCUCCUAGACAAACGCUUCCGUGCAGAGUGUAAGAAUUACGGUGUGAUCAUCCCAUACCCGCCAUCAAACCGCUACGAGACGCUGCUGAAACAGAGACAUGUGCAGCUGCUGGGUCGCUCCAUUGACCUGAACAGAUUGAUAACCCAGAGGAUCUCAGCAGCCAUGUACAAAUCUCUGGAUCAAGCCAUCAGCCGUUUUGAGAGCGAGGACCUUACCUCCAUAGUGGAACUUGAAUGGCUAUUGGAAAUUAACAGGUUGACUCACCGUCUGCUCUCUAAGCAUAUGACGCUGGACAGUUUUGACGCCAUGUUUCGUGAAGCCAACCACAACGUCUCUGCUCCAUAUGGACGCAUUACGCUGCACGUCUUCUGGGAACUCAACUUUGACUUCUUACCAAACUACUGUUACAAUGGCUCCACCAACAGGUUUGUGCGAACAGCCAUUCCCUUCACCCAAGAGCCUCAGAGGGACAAGCCUGCCAAUGUUCAGCCAUAUUACUUGUAUGGCUCAAAGCCUCUGAACAUUGCCUACUCCCACAUCUACAGUUCCUACAGGAACUUUGUGGGACCUCCGCACUUCAAAACAAUUUGCCGGCUUCUCGGUUACCAAGGCAUCGCUGUGGUGAUGGAGGAGCUGCUCAAGAUUGUCAAGAGCUUGUUGCAAGGCACCAUCCUUCAGUAUGUGAAGACCCUCAUAGAGGUGAUGCCCAAGAUCUGCCGUCUCCCUCGUCAUGAGUACGGCUCACCAGGCAUCCUGGAGUUCUUCCACCAUCAGCUGAAGGACAUCAUUGAGUACGCUGAGCUCAAGACCGAUGUGUUUCAGAGUCUGAGGGAGGUGGGCAAUGCUGUUCUCUUCUGUCUGCUCAUCGAACAAGCUCUGGUGUCUCAGGAAGAAGUUUGUGACUUGCUUCAUGCAGCACCAUUCCAGAACAUCCUCCCCAGAGUCUAUAUCAAAGAGGGAGAGCGACUGGAGGUGAGGAUGAAGAGGCUGGAGGCAAAGUAUGCUCCUCUUCAUCUCGUGCCCCUCAUUGAGAGACUCGGGACUCCACAGCAAAUUGCAAUUGCACGUGAGGGAGACCUGCUGACGAAGGAACGGCUGUGCUGUGGCCUGUCCAUGUUUGAAGUGAUCCUGACGCGCAUCCGCAGCUUCCUGCAGGACAACGUGUGGCGAGGUCCUCCUCCCACCAACGGCGUCAUGCAUGUGGAUGAGUGCAUGGAGUUCCACCGCCUCUGGAGCGCCAUGCAGUUUGUUUACUGCAUUCCUGUGGGCACACACGAGUUCACUGCAGAGCAGUGUUUCGGUGAUGGGCUGAACUGGGCUGGAUGUGCCAUUAUUGUGCUGUUAGGACAACAACGCCGCUUUGACCUCUUUGAUUUCUGCUACCAUUUGCUCAAAGUCCAGAGGCAGGACGGCAAAGACGAAAUCAUUAAGAAUGUGCCCCUGAAAAAGAUGGCAGACCGCAUCCGGAAGUAUCAGAUUCUCAACAAUGAGAUCUUUGCCAUCCUCAACAAGUACAUGAAGGCGGUGGAGACGGACAGUUCAACAGUGGAGCACGUUCGCUGUUUCCAGCCUCCUAUACAUCAGUCUCUGGCCACCACAUGUUAAACAAACUUUGACUUCCAGCUGUCCUAUUCUUCCUCUGGUGUGACAUUGGUCUCAAACGUAGUGUUCUGGGCCUUUCAAGAUUGCCUCAGCUUUAUUUAAAUAAGAGACGAACCUCCAGUCUCGCCACAUGGUU